GUAAGAAGAAACAAAAGUCGAUGUUGGACCGGAUCCUUUCCCGGUAAAAGAAAAAGACGUUAGGUGGAUUGGUUUGAAAAAACUGCCACCAGCUUUUUCUUUUGACGAGUACACAUCGAUCCUUCACAUAUUCAACCAUCCGCGCCAAUUCUCCGGCGAAUUCUCUCAGAUCAAACAACAACUGCAAACCAAUCACCAGGAUCUUAAUAGAAAGGUUGCGAUUAUCAACAUAAUCUCUGAUUUCUUCAACUGAUAAGAAUUCCAGUUUACAGAUUUUUCAGCCAGCGAAGAAGAACAAGACUGCGAAUUGCAACAAACAACAUGGAGGUGAAACGGCGGACGGCGAAAACGCUGGUCGGGAAACUGAGUUCGGUGUCCGAGCAAACUCGUACAGAAUCGCUUUGCGAGCUGCGUCUCAUGUCCAAGAACGAUCCUGAGACCCGAACCCUAAUUGCUGAAGCAGGUGCGAUUCCGUAUCUCUCUGAGAUACUAUACUCUCCAUCUGCUAUCGCACAAGAGAACGCAACUGCUACACUACUUAAUAUUUCGAUCUCUUCACGAGAACCUUUGAUGUCGACGCGAGGGUUACUCGACGCUUUAUCUCACGCGCUCCGGAACCCUGCUUCCCCCUCCACCGCCCAAUCCGCCGCCGCAACGUUAUUUAGUCUGUUAACUGUUGAUACCUACCGGCCGAUUAUUGGUUCAAAACGUGACAUACUGUAUGCGCUCAUCGACAUAAUCAGAAACCCUAAUUCGCAUCCGAGAUCAAUCAAAGAUGCUCUGAAAGCGCUGUUUGGGAUUUCGUUGUAUCCGCUCAAUCGUGCAACCGUGAUUGAACUAGGAGCGGUGCCUGCGUUGUUUUCGUUGGUGGUGAAGGACGGGAGGCUAGGGGUUGUGGAGGAUGCUACGGCGGUGAUUGCACAGCUCGCAGGGUGCGAGGAAGCUGGAGAUGCGUUUAGGAAAGUUUCAGGGGUUGGGGUUUUGGUGGAUUUGCUGGAUUUAUCAACAGGGUCAAGUGCUAGAACAAAAGAGAAUGCUGUUUCGGGUUUGUUGAACAUGGUGCAGUGUGGGAAGAAAGAUGUUGGGGAAUACGUUAAAGAGAUGGCUUAUAUCGUCUGUAAUGGCAUCUCUGAUGUUGCAGACAAUGGAAGCUCAAAAGGGAAGAACAAAGCUAAUGAAUUGUUGAAGUUAAUCGACGGAGCUUCUGGAAUGAGCAGAUCACAAGAGAUGCAACCCGACACUGAGAAUUUGGAAAAUGGCAGGUGGAGUUGGUCUAAUUCCAGUGUCUGAUUAAGAACUGAACCAAUGGCUAUGACCCAGAAAAAAAAAAACCUCUUUUUUCCAGAUGAGCCCACUUCGGAUCAAUUUUCAGUAUUUGAAAACCCAUCUUCAAGGGUUAAUUGGUGGAAAUAGCAAUGUGCUUUUACUUGUUUGUUUAUUAAUUAUUAUUGCAUCAUAUUUUCAUUAUUAUUAGAAUGAAAAAUCUACCUAAUUAUAGCAAUGUCAUCCAAAUACAAACCAAUUUUCACUGCUAGAGUUGAGUUGAUUUUUCAAGGUACAAUGCUAUCAUUGGGUGGAUUUUUUCAUAGUAGAAUGUGUACAAUGUUGUAAUAGAAAGAAAUGAAAAUAAGAUGCUAUAAUAAACAAAUAAACGAAAGUACGAUGUUAUUUCUUGCAUAUAACCCCAUCUUUAGUGGCUAGAUUUUGCAGUUUUUUUUAUGGUUUUUGAUUGUUGUCUCUUAUAGCAUGUAGUUUUGUGUAGAUAUGUUGGUUUUUUAAAUCUGGUUAUUGUGCAUUUGAUAUCAAUUGGAAGACUAAGCCCUGAUUUGGAAUCUACCAAAGGCAAAUAACUCGUGAUUAUUGCAUUAAAUUCUCAAACUGUAUUAUUAUUAUAAGGGUAAAUUGGACUUUUCGACCUCGUGUUUUAAUUUUAUUUCCACGGAUAUGAGUGUUGAGAAGAUAUUUUUUUUACUAGUUCCAUUAAGUC